AUGUUUGCAUCCCUACUCUCUGCCCAAAGGCAGAAGACAGCCACAACUCACAUCGAGGGUCUUCCUCCAGAGGUGAUGCUGAUGAUCCUGCACCAGCUAAUUGGCACUGACCCAGAAUACUCUUUCGACCCGAUACUUUUAAGCCUCUGUCUUGUCAACCGCCGAUGGAACGAAAUAUUCACGCCUCAACUUUACACCUGCUACCAGCUCGAAGACAAUUCCGAUGAAUUCAGAACCCUCUGGUGCUUCCUGCGCACUCUGGUCACUAGACCGGAUCUUGCGCAGCAUGUACGCCAGAUAACCGUGCGCAGGUACCUCAUCCCGGUGAUGAUUGACUACGAGGACAAGAUACAAAGCAUCAAGAAGUACUAUGACGCCAAUGCACCAUGGCUGCAGAUGGCAUUUAACCAGGCUGGUUGGAAUGGGCCCUCUAUCAAUAGGUCUCGGUGGGGUCUCGACCUCGCUCAACAAGAUCGAAACGACGUAACUCUAGCGGAAAUUGCAAGACAGGCGAUAUCCAAUGAGUAUCCGGAGACUGACAAGCGAAACCGUCUUUUUGGGAGGACGUUUUAUAAAGGCUACAUGUCCCCACUCUGCGCUCUGGUCAUCGCCCACUGUCCCAAGCUCCGUCGACUGGCGAUCCCCGUCCACCUUGUUGACCCUUUCCUGGAUGAGGUCCUAUAUUGGGCAACGUACGGUGCGGCAGACCCUAAUCGUCCCGCUCAAAUUGGCCUUCAGGAACUGGAGGGUCUUUCUUUGUGGCGACAGGAAUCCUUUGGCUGUUCGCGCACUGCUGGCCAUGCCGUGCACUCAUUCGAGACUCCGGUCUGCGCACGCCCUUAUUACCGGCUUCCCCGGCUGAAGCAACUAGAUACCGACGAGGCAUUCAAAGACCCCGGCGUGUUCGGUGACGUCGAAAAGCCAUACCAGAGCAACAUCCAGGAUCUUUCCGCCAGAUACCCACUGGAGAUCUUUUCUGUCCCUGCUGGGACGCUGCUUAGCCGGACCUCCAACCUGCGCCAGCUAUCUCUUACUCUUGUUCCAUGUACUGUACCAACAACACACAGCACAGUCAUGAGCUACUACUCCCAGCUCUGGAACUGUCUAGCCCAUUUCUCCGACACGCUGGAGUACCUCGACGUCGACCAGGAGAGGGAUAUAAACAACCUCACCCCCUUCCCAAACGACAAGGACCAACCCUUCUGCCUCCCGCUGGCCCAAUUCACAAAACUCAAGUACCUCGCCGCAACACCACUCCUCCUCUCCGGAAACCGCUGCAAGCACGAAUUCCAAUCCACAAUCUCUUCCCACCUCCCCAAAUCCCUCCUCGCCCUGGGCCUGUACUGCGAACUCUCAGGGCCAGGCAGCCAGGCCGUAAUAACCACAUCGAUGGGGACAGUGACCGCAACAGCAACAACCGAUCCUGCCUUAGAAGCCGAACUCCACCAGAUCCUCACAGCGGGAUCCGCAAAUGGCUUGCGCGCCCUUGUCGUCGACUAUACGCGCGGUUCCAUCCCACACCACGGCAAACUGGACAACGUGGCUUUAGCUGCGCGGCUGCUGGGGGUGAACUUUAUCUGUGAGACGCGGGCGCCGAAGUUACGACUAAGGCAGGAGCUGGUGAUGUCGUAUCCUCUCCCCGGUGGAGGGCUGCCGAAGAGUGCCUUUCUUUGGUUGGAUGAUCGUGCAGUGAAUAAGGUGGUAGAGGAAGGGGAGAGUCCUUGGGUUGGUGGUGCUGGUGGGAUUAUCCCUCGUGGGGUAAAGAUGUAUCAUAAAAGGAAAGGCAGAAAGGACAAGGACGAGGAGGUCAAGGACAAGGACAGGAUUGAUACUAGGCAGUUUUUCCUUCUGCUUUUGUUACUUUUUUCCCCUGUCCCGCUUUCUUUAGGGCUUACGCUCGGGAGAUACAUAUUCAGGUCGUAG